AUGCCACCCAAAGGUGAGUGGUGCGGUGCGGUUCGGGGCCGUGCCAUUGCAAUUUCAUGGACGCAUCAAUGACCAGCGACAUGCCAUCACCGUGCAAUCUCUUCAGGAGGAGGCGGAGGCAAGCUGAAAGGCGGUGCGGCCAAGAAGGCGGAGGCAGCAGCUAGCAAGGAAUCGGACAAGGCAGCAGCGGCCGAAGCAGCCGAAGCAGCGACGUGGGAAAAAGGAGCAAAAGGCAAAGGCGCUUCCGAAUCCAAAGCUGAAAAGGCAGCCGAAGCAGCGCGCAAAAAGGCAGAGAGGGAAAAGUUGUUGGCUGAAGAAGAGGCCAGCUUGCCCAGCAAGCCCGUCAAAAAGGCGGGAGGUGGUGCGAAGAAGGAUCAGCCAAAGAAGCCUUCUCAACCUCCUCCCGGCACUGGCUUGGAUGAGGCCAUCUCCAGCUUCAGCGCCUCAAACAUUGACGAUGCUCUCGAAGCGUGGGUGACGCGUAUGUUGAAGACGAUCCGAAUGUAUGCAUGCUGAUUGUAUCGCUUUGUCGCUCAACAGCAUGUCCCUCGCUACGGAGAGGACGGAUAAGGCUGCAGUGGGCGCUAAAGCAGGCGCGAUCGAGCGGCACCCCGAAAGGCGAUUCAAGGUGCGUCUAAUGCGGAUGACAGCUGUACCUGCUCACAAGGGCCCAAGUGUUCCCAGUCGCGAGCACCGUCCUGAGCAUCAUUCACCUCCUCGCGCGGACACACACAGGCCGCUUUCGAGGCGUACAAGGAGCGCGAAAUGCCAAGGAUCAGACAAGAGGUGAGGGCGGAUCGAAACAAGGCGGGUGGCUGCUCAGCUUCAGAAGCCGAAAAGAGUUGACAUGCCAUGCCAUGCGUGCACGUGCCUCUUGUCCUGCUGCUCUACGUCAAGCGUCCUGGCUUGCGCAAGAAUCAGUACGAGAACGAGCUGCACGACGAGUUCAAGAAGCAUCCCGACAAUCCGUUCAAGUGAGUCCGCGUAGGAUGUUAGUCGGCAUCAAGUGUUUGCCACGAGUCUCACCCGUCUCCCGCUUCCCCACUCUUCUUGCGAAACAGUCAAUUGCAGGUGUCUUACGAUGCUACUCAAGAGGAAAAGGUCGAGGUGCUCGCCAAACAAAGGGAGCUCAACGAGAAGCGUCUUGCUGGUGCUUAG